AUGGCCACUCAUGAUGAUAGAGUGAUACGUAUGGCCACUCGGAUGCGUGGAUCAGGUGCACGGAAUCUACGAGCAGCUGAAUUAAACUUAUCAAGUCCCCGAGGAGUAUUACAAAUGAAAAAAUGGCAGAUAAGAUUACUUAAAGAAGAUCCCUCCGACAAAAAUGGAAAGUCCCUGUUAGGAUUUGAAAUCCAAGUACGAAAAGAUGAUAUAUCACUGACUUCUGAUGAUGACUUUGAAUUUGAAAAUGAUGGAAAUGAUACCCGAGGAUUCAACACUUCAAGAAUAAGACAAGUGAAAGUGUCAGAUAUUCUGAUUGAUACAGUUACCGAAGCUGAAACUGAUAUUAAUUCCGAUUUCCCUGAUUUUGAAAAAGCUGACCAAUCUAGUAGUCUACAAGUAAGUUCCUCACGAACUCCAGGAAUACUUACUGGCAACGAUUCGAUUAUGGGACCACCCAGCAGACCAGCUAGGAUACAAAUGCUGGACGUCAAUUAUACGGAGGCGGAUCAAGGUUCCAGGACUGGAGAUCUGGAUUAUCAUGAUUUCCGAGGUGACGAAACAUCAGAUAAUUAUUUUACUGAAGUUGAUGAGACAUAUAAAAUACGAAGAUCUGGUGAAGUUGGGGAGACAUAUAAAUUACAAAGGUCUGCAUUAGGAAUAAUACUGGAAGAUGAUUCGACUAUUCAGUCUGCUGCAUGGAGGUAUGGUUCUGAAUCAGAGAGUAUUCCUAGGCUAGCGGAUCAGAACAAUGACUAUCGUGACCUUAUGGGAGAUGAGACUUCAGAUAAUUAUUUUACUCAAGCUGAUGACGAAUAUAGAAAGCGUGUGGGUAGAAGGAAGGAUACUUCUGAAGAUGAUACAUUAUUACCACUACGACAGGCAAUAAGGGCCGAUUAUCAAGAGGAGCCCAAACGAGAUUUUAUUCUUCAGCCGGAGCUAAUAAAGGAUGCACAAAUCUUUGACGAAGCUCCAGAGCAGGAUUUUGCCUAUAGUGAAGAUGAACAGGAAAUAAGCGAUAAGGAAAACCGAGAGCCGAUAGAGGUAGGGGUUGGUCAGAAACGAGGCCUAGAUACAAUCCUAGAAGAUGAACCAUUAGCUAAACAGCCACGCAUAGAGGAAGCGGAAGAGGCACAGCCUCAACCAAUACCAUUAAAUGAAACUACUAUUACUGGACGGUUUCAACCUAUGGUGGUUGAAUUGGAUAGAUUAGUGGACCAAGAAAAUCCCGACGAAACACCAACUGUGAAUUUGUUAGAUAUUUUAAUUCAUUUUAUCAAAUUAUAUGAACCGACAGAAUUCCCCAACACUAUUGUGAAUCAAGAAGCAUUACAUGCUCAAUUUAAAAAACAUGCCUUAUUUUUCAUUGAUAAAUUACUUGAUUUGCAUGCAUGCAUUAAUGAUAUGUCCCAAGAUAUUCUCUACAUUGAAAGGACCAAACAAAAGUAUAGAAAUCUAAUUUUAAAAAUACGGAAAGAUCAAGCUAAUGUUGAUAAUCAAUUAAACAAACUACGUGCAAAUAUUCGUGCAAAGAAUCAAGAACGAGAAGAUAUUUGUCUUGUUAAAGAUAAACUAGAAUUUUUGAAACUUUCGAUUCAGAAUAGAGACUUGGGUCAAGGUGAAGGAAAAGAUGCUUCAGUUAAGUUGCUAUUGAAUAAUAUAUCAAAGAUGGCUAGUCCUCAAGUGGGGUUAUUGCCGAAAUUGAAGAAUAUCAAUGCAAAAUUGGAACGGUUGGAACGGCAAGUAUAG